AUGGUUUUCGCGCGCCGCCUGAGCGCAAAGAAGGCUCGAUUUACGUGCAAGAAGCUCGCCUUCCUAGAGGUGCAGCGUUUCCAGCGUGAAGAAUAUGGGCGUUGGUUGACUCGUCGUAAGCGCGCUGAGCGUGUGCUUUUCUUACCAUCCGUCAAAGAUGAGGUUGGAGAGCUCUCGGCGGAGUCCAUGCAACAGAUUCUUCACCAGGGCUCUGCGUUCCACUUCUCCAAGGACCUCGUUGUUGAGAGACAGGAUUCCCUGCACCACCUCCUCUUCGGCGGGGUAUUCAAUGUGAGACGUUUGGAAACGAUUGACCUGGUGUUGUUGGCUUCGGUGUUGACAAAGCUUCCGUCGACAAACAAUGCUUUGCUUUCGCGUGCCUUGGUGCAAUGCGAUUUGCGCUUCGACAGCCUCUCGCUUUCUGAGGUGGCACAACUGUCUUUCCUCAUACGGGACCUUCCAGAAAGCCUAAAAGAACCCUUCAGCCGGCAAUGGCUGCCCAAAGUUGCACGCCUUUUGCGCCGGCUGAAUUCCGACAGCGUAGGAGCCAACCUCAGCAGCCUGGCCAAACUCUCCUACGCAAUAUCGCAUUUUGCCCCGCACCUACGGGAAUCGCUAUUUGUCCUACUUUCGUCCCUUGAUGUUGGUGACAUCCCGAAUGCCCAGUUGUUUUCACGUGACUGCUCUCUCGUCUGCCAGAGCAUGUCAGCGAGUGGCGUGGUCAACUAUGAUUUUCUGCGCGAUUCCAGUCAGUUUUACGAGUCGCAACUGAAUCAAACCGUCGAGUCGUUAACCGGCCGGUUACGGCGGCGUCAGGUGCUCUCGGGUCAUAAUGUAGUGUUUGAUUUAGAGGAUGGCGGCGUUGAAUCUGCCGUGGACAUCGACCACUUGUUGAUCUUCCUCUCUACCUGUGAACGUUUCGGCUAUCAUAAUAGGACCCUGCUGCAAACGUUCAACAGCUAUGUUGACUGCUGCAGUCUCGUUUUUGUCAAUGAGUGCAGGGCAGCCGAUCACUACCGGCGUCACGGAUCCCGGACUCCCAACCAGCUGACGAAGAAGUUCGCCGAAGCAGUUCGCGGCGGACAGUACAAGCACCCUGUUGGCGGCAAGCAACAGCUUCAAAAGCUGUUGAAGGACCUGCUUGCCAGUCUGGCUACUGACAAGGACGGGUAUUGGUGCUUAGACGCUGUCCACAGCAUCGGUACAAAAUACGUGACCCAGCGCCGCAACUUCGCCCGAUUUUUGGAUUUCAUUAUACGGAAUGUUAACAAAGACUUGCUGACUACGUCUGAGAAAGCUGCCCUUCAUGAGCUGUGCCGUUCGUAUCAGCCAUUCCAUUGUGAGCUGACGGCACAGCUGGGUGCACUCACAAAGGAUAAUCGAAGCCAUACAACAACGCAACCACAGGUGCAACUGUGCGAUGAUAAAGGCAGCGAAGUGGUUUCGGUAGACCCCCGCAACGUAGCAUCUAUCGUAACCAGCUUUCGGGAGGCGUAUACAUCGUACGUUGCUAACGGCCGCCCGGAGAGCUUGGCUACUCUGGCCUCGCUAUUCCCUGUUCUGGCCAAAAAGCUGCCGGAUGUCGUAUGCUGGGAUUGCGUGUGGCAGAUGCUGCACGUGAUUGCGGUGUCACGCUGCGUUGACAUGCUGCCGCUGGUACGCUCAUUUUUGGAGGAGUCAUUUUUGGGGUACCACCCUCUAUCUCAGGCCGCUGGUGAUGCAUCCUCAGUAAUGUCACAUCUACUGGAUAGCGAGGAUACAACUGAGGGUCACCUGCUCUAUCUGGAUAGCUGCGUUCGCAUUGUGGAGCUACUGUUAGAAGCCGAUCUUUCUCGUGACUACGCCGACUUGCAUAUAUUCGGCCAUUUUUUCGAGCUACUAACAAAAGUCAGUCACACGUUAGAACGAGACAAGGGUGGCCGUGAUGAAGAUCGCCGCCUUCUUGUUGAGAGGUUGCGUAGCCAGCUGGAGCGGUACCUCGUGAAGUUUUCGGAAGUCAAGCGGUGUUUACAGGAAGUGGAAGUACCACGUCCGGUUUAUGUACAAGUUCUGGGUGGAAUUUACAGGCAUUGUGGCCUAGAUUCCUUGCCCGGUGCUAUGAGCGCGGAGAAGGCUGUUGAGCUGCUUCGCUCUUUGUGCGUUGCUGAAGACACGGCAUUUAUAAGCAAAAACGCCACUUUAAUUCGACACAUCCUGUUCCAGGGCUGCCUGGUACCAUAA